CCACGACAAACUAACCACACAGCAGUCAAAAUGGUCGCCGCUAAGAAGCACGUCCCGAUCGUCAAGAAGCACACCAAGCGCUUCAACCGCCACCAGUCGGACCGCUUCAAGUGCGUCGACCCAUCAUGGCGCAAGCCCAAGGGUAUCGACAGCGCCGUCCGUAGGCGAUUCAAGGGCCGAGCUGCCAUGCCCAAGAUCGGAUACGGCUCCAACAAGAAGACGCGCCACAUGAUGCCCAGCGGCCACAAGGCGUUUGUCGUCAACAACGUCGCCGAUGUUGACCUCCUCCUUAUGCACAACAGCACUUUUGCCGCAGAGAUCGCCCACGCCGUAUCAGCACGGAAGCGCAUCGACAUCAUCGCCCGCGCAAAGCAACUCGGUGUCAAGGUUACCAACGGCAAGGCCCGCGUCAAGACCGAGUCGUAGAAAUGUGUGGAUUUUCACUUUGGGGCGGGGCAUACAAGGCGUCUCUCUGAUUAGUUACGAUCUCAAUGGGAAGGCUUUUCAUCUUGUUCGGCUCACAGUACCAGUACCCAUUGAUACGGUACGAGGAGAAGCAUGCACUUGAAAACAAGAUUGCGACACGCUACUGCGGCAUGGCCCAGGACAUGAAAGGACAGAAGCCGUAGGAAUGCAAUGAAAAAGGAGCCAAAAGAUUACCAGC